AUGUCGGAAAACGCGCCGCCGACCACGAACGGCUCCACCGAUGCGUCGCGUGGAAUGCCAUACUAUGAGAAACUGAGGCGAGAGUUGCGAGGAGCUCUGAACAAGAAGCGAUCGUUAGAUCAGAACCUCCAAAGUCUCGAGGAGAACAUCUUCAAGGUCGAAACGUCCUACCUGGAAGAAACGACCGCCGGUAAUAUCAUCAAAGGCUUUGACAACUACAUCAAAGGAUCGUCCGGCGGUGGCGUGGCAUCAACAGGAGCAGGCACCGCAACGCGGAGAAAAGGCGGUAUCACAGAGCAAGAUCGCGUUUUCAGUCGAAGCUCGGCCGUAUACAAUCGAGACUCUCCAGCUCCAUCCACUCAGACGACUCCAUCACACGCCGCCACACCAAACUCUAGCUUCCCGCAUAACGCACGAGAGAGCAACCAUCCCACUCCGACCAGUACUGGUGCCGGCAACAAAUCUGGCACGAGUAAGAAGAAGAAGGCUGCCACGGACGACGAUGAUACCGAUAGCAAGCCGGCGAAGAGGGGAAAGAUCACGUACGGCCGGGACUGA